AUGUCGGACGGAUCGAUAACGGCGACGGAGAGUGAGAUACCCCUCGCUGAUUGUAUCGUUGCGAGCUAUGUCAGGAGCAAGAUCAGCACCGACCGCGAACAAAAGUACUUGCCCGAGGGUUCGGUUGAGCGACUCAUCACUCCUUCUUCUAUUCGAGAAGAGCUCAGCGAUAUCCCCAUCGAUCCAGAGUCGUUGGAUAAUCUGAUCGACUUUAUCGUAACUCGAGCGAAAAAGGUCUUUACAAUCACUAUCCUUGCGCAACUCAGCGGACUCGACCUUUACAACGCCAUCAAGACAUUUCAAGACGUGGGAUUUGACGAUGACAAGCUACCAGUGCUACCAGACCGUCAUGCUGACCUCAUGUCGGCUGCGUUCAAGGGGCGGAGACUAUGGAACGCAGUCCGAAAGGAAGGAUUCCUAACGGACCAAUGGGGCCUUCUCGUGCCGGUCUUCACCAAACCACAAUUGAUGCAUUCACUUCAGGAGAGCGCUAUACUUCCCCUUGAGCGUGUUAGCAGUGCCUUCAAGGGAGGCACCUUUGGCGAUGUCUAUGAAGCCACUGUUCACCGGGCCCAUAUGGACGAUGAGCUGUUCAAGCGAAAUGGCUCUCGUACCAAUAUUGCGGUCAAGGAGAUCAAAGCCAGUCAACUGUUGCAAGGCGAUGUCCAAAAAGCCUAUGACAUUGAGGCCCUGGCGCUUGCUAGAAGCAGUAAAGUCGAACACGAAAACCUUAUCCCAUGUCUCGCCGCCAUCGAGAAAGGGUCGAUGCACUACUUUCUCUUCCCCUGGGCCGAUGCUGGCAGCCUCGAAGACUUUUGGCAGAGUAGUCCAAAGCUCAGCCCGGAUUUUCUUAUGGAUGUCUUUGAGCAACUGCGUGGACUUGCGGCGGCCCUUGAGAAGCUUCACAACUAUGACGACAAGAACGUCCCGGUUGAAAGCGAGGGCCGUCCUGCCUCGCCAUCAGGCGGCAUCAGGCACGGUGACUUGAAGCCCGCCAACAUUUUGAUCUUCAAAUCAGGCGACCCCAAGCGAAUUGGAACCAUGAAAAUUGCAGACAUGGGUCUUGCCAAGUAUCAUCAAGUUCAGACUCGUCUACGAAGGAAUGCAACUAGCUCUAGAUACGGGACGUCUCGAUAUGAACCACCUGAAGCCGGAGCACCGAAACUCAACACGACUCCUGCCAUGUCCCGCCUUUACGAUACCUGGUCUAUGGGCUGCAUCUUCCUCCAGUUUCUCGUCUGGCUUUUGCAAGGAAAGGAAGCCUUGAAGAGUUUCAACGAAUCAAUCCACGAGUACAACAUCAAGAACCAGUGGGGAUCCAUGUACGAUCUGGAGCCACCAUACUACAUCAUCGGAUCCGAUAGCAAGGCUCAGCUCCAUCCUCUCAUCGUACAGCGGUUUGGAGAGCUCUCCAGAAGCUGCACACGCAACACAGCGAUUGGAGACCUCCUUCAUAUCGUCAAGACCAAACUGCUCAUAGUUGAUCUCCCAAGCAGUAGAGAGCGACCUACAAGUAGAUGGGUUUCCUUGAGCGAGUCGAGGCCACGAUAUCGCGCUACGGCACAGGUUCUCAGGGAGCGUUUGGAUCUUAUCGUAGGUAAUGCCAAAGAGGACCAUUACUACCUUUUCACAGAUAGAAACCGAGAGAAUGCACCACCGCCAUCGCUUUACGCGCAGCAAUCGUCGAGCACCCUGCAUCCGGACUCGGCUGGGCUAAGGAAGCGGAUCAAACAGCUGAUAAGGCCAAUUGCACAAAUGAGAGGCCAUCCCGUAUGUUAUCCCAAGAAGUGCACCUCAUCAAUCAUUAUACAGUUAGACAUUCAUGUCUGGGAUUAUCUUGUUGACAACGAUUUCGCCUUCAAAAUUAUCGACGCAGGAGAUAGCCCUGCACUCGAGCCUUUCUCUCACGGAAAAACCGAGCAACUCUGCGACAGCUGCAAGGACCUCAACUUUUGGGCAACGGACUUUCACAUCGAGGAUGAUCUUUCAGAGCUCAAAGUGCGCCAAGAGGACUGUCAGUUCUGUAGCAUGAGGUGGGAGGCCUGCAAGUAUCUUGAAGGCUAUUCUCCCUCGGCUAGAUUUGAUAGGAUUGAUUCGGUGGUGAAGCUCAACGAGAGUGACCCUCCUGUCUUCUCUAUCUGCAGUGGCCCCGGCCUGAAUCUGCCGGCCUCACUGCAGGUCGGGAUCCCACAAGUAACUGAAUUGGCAAGAACACCAUAUCAGAUUAGGUUGAUCAACACUUGGAUAAAAGAAUGUGACGAGAACCAUCCCAAGUGCAGAGGAUUGCCUCAAAAGGACGGACCUGGGAGUCGCAAGGCUUUUCAACUGCCAACCAGGCUCAUCGACAUUGGCCAGCCUGGCUCCAAGAUCAAGUUGUACGAGACACAGCCCGAUGACAAGACCGAAAACCUCAAGUAUAUCGCGUUGUCUCAUCAGUGGGGAGACCCUACCGCCAGCAACCAUUUCCGAACCACGACCCAGAAUUACGCCGCCCAUCUCAACAAUAUCGACUUCUACAAGCUCCCAGACACCUUCAAGGAUGCCGUCACCAUGACUCGUGACAUGGGCAUUCGAUAUCUCUGGAUAGACUCCAUCUGCAUCAUUCAAGGCCCAGAUGGUGAUUUCAACACCGAGUCUCAGAAAAUGGAAGAUGUCUUCAGUUCUGCCUACUGUGUCAUCGCUGCGAGCUGUGCCAGAGAUCAAUGGGAUGGGUUUCUCAAGAACAGGCUUGAAUCUGAUUCGAGACGUUUUGCGACAUUCAGAAACGGCCGAGACCCGCCAUUCUAUGUCUGUCAAUUCCUGGAUGACUUUAACGCCGAUGUUCUUGAAGGACCAUUGAACAAGAGGGGCUGGGUUCUUCAGGAAAGAGUCUUGGCUCGUCGGACCAUCUUCUUCACUGAUAAGCAGAUCUAUUGGGAGUGCGGCAACGGCGUUCGAUGCGAGACUCUAACGCACAUGAAAAAUGAGCUUGCAGCUUUUCUUGGAGAUCCCAACUUCCCCGAAAUCGCCAUCCACUCCCCUCGGGCCGACCGAGACACGUCUCACGGCGAAAAGAUCCUCUAUUACCAAGAUCUCUAUAAGACCUAUUCCCGACUAGCUUUUUCCAAACCUGAAGAUAGAGGAGUAGCAAUGAAUGGUCUAGAGCAGCGACUUAGUCGCGGCUUCGUCUGCAACGGCAAGUUCGGCAUUCUAGACGACAAGAGUCUCUUCCACCGAGGCUUGCUGUGGAGACGGGCUGUGACUGUGACUUCUAUGGAGAAGAUCCUGUUUCCGGCGGAUAGACAACAAGUGCCUUCUUGGUCUUGGAUGGCUGUUAAGGGUGAGAUGGAUUACAUUCCGGUGCCGUUCGACACGGUGGAUUGGGAAACAAGUCUCAAAUCUCCUCUAAGACACACUUUGACAUUCAAGGACGAACAAAGUAGAACUAUGGAGAUCAGAGCCAAGGCCAAUGAACUUGUCCCUGGCCACGGUGAUGAUCUCGAGGAGUUCUACGACAGAGUCUCUGAUCACGAAGGAACUCCACGAAAGGUGCUCUGCGUCAUUGUUGGGAGAAACAAAGGCUCAGGUCGAGCUGAGGAGAAGUUUCACUUUGUUCUUCUCGUGUCUCCUAAGCUGUCUUCUGGACCAUGGGUGUGUGAGAGAGUGGGAGCUGGCAAGGUGCCAGGAAGCUGGAUCGACUUUACUCGGCCGGCAGCUGACAUUGGAAUUUAUGGUAUCAUUAGACCCGCGAUAUCUAUCACUGAGCCAGCUAUGCGUGCAGCCCCCAGUUCUAUUUCCCCGUUCACCCAGAACGAACCGGAUUCGGCUCGUCUGCGUAACCUGGGACACUUAGACACUUUUGAUGCAACCUCUUCAGCUUGGUAG